CUAUUAGGUAAGUACGUCAUUGUACGCAUUGCACUAACAGAAGACCUACUUGGUACUGAAGAAUCUUACUCUUGCCGUGAAGCACGAACACUAAAUCAUCAUACGUAGUUUAAUGUACAAUGAAAUUAAAAUUAUAAAACGAAUCGUUUAGUUUCACUUUCAGCGUGUCCACAGCACUCGACCGCAUGCAUUCAGUGUAUAGGAAACAACAAAUAGGUCACAUCAUGGCGGCUGCAACUAAAAAAUCACAGUUUGUGAUGAAGUUAUUCAUAAUUUUCUGUCCUUUCACUCUUCACAUUAUACAGGGUUUGGAAGCUGCGAGUGCGGGCGUGGCCCAGCACCCGGCGUGGAUGCUACUGGAUGCUCAGGACUGCGGGGACAGCGUGGCGGACCGCAUCAUCGGAGGCACCAACGCCGGCCUCGGACAGUUCCCCUGGAUCGCCCGCCUUGGAUACCGAAGUGAAGGGUUAACCUCCGGCAUUGAGUGGCUGUGUGGAGGCGCGCUGAUCACCCCCCUACACGUCGUCACUGCCGCGCAUUGCACCAAAUCUGCCGGGGUUGUUCUAGAGUGGGUGCGUCUCGGCGAGCACAACACGCUGACAGACCCGGACUGUCAGCUGUGGACGUGCGCUCCCCCGGUCCAGGACAUCGCCAUCGAGCGCGUGCUCCCACACCGGAACUUCUCCAACUUCCACCAGGACCUCGCCAUGUUGGUGCUGAAGACGCCCGCCGUUUUUAAUGACUACGUGGCGCCCAUCUGCCUGCCGCGGCCGGAGUUGCCAGGGCCGCUGCUCGGGGAGCCGCUGACCGUGGCCGGCUGGGGCAAGAUGAACAUGACCACCGAGGAGCGGGCCACCGUGCUGCAGUAUGUGCAGGUGCCGCUAGUACCUCCAGAGGCGUGCGACAUCUUCGGUCACGGGUUCAAGACGAGCGCGGGCGAGGUGUGCGCCGGCGCCGUCAUGAACAAGGACGCGUGUGGGGGCGACUCCGGCGGACCGCUCAUGAAGGUCUACGAUACUCCUGAAGGACCAAAAACGUACCUCGUUGGAGUGGUGUCUUUUGGACCAACAAUAUGUGGCAUAAAGAAGCCGGGAGUCUACACAUCCGUCUCGUAUUAUCUUAAUUGGAUCCUCGAUAAACUUCUUGUCAACAAAUAAAUAAAUAGCAUUCCUGAAAAAAUACUA